UAUCGUGUAACAAAUGAUAAACAAUGUGUAUUGGUGGCUUGGAAAGAUUUGAAAUGUGUUCUUAUCGGAUCAAAUUAUGUUGGAAUAGAACCAAUUGUGAAAUUGGCACGAUGGGAUAAGAAUCAACAGAAAAAAGUGGACAUAUCAGCACCACAAAUUAUCAGUGUAUAUAAUAAACAUAUGGGUGGUGCGGACAUAUGUUAUGUUCCUUACAUCCAAUACCAUUCCGAUCCAAAAAGUGGUAUAUGCGGCUUACAUCGACUUGGUCGUGGUGGUAAUUGGCGUUUGGAACGUAUGUUUCGAUUCAAAUCUGAAAUAGCAUGUGUGCUAUUACAGAGACCUACGCUUUUUACAAAAUCUGUCUUACAAUCUGUACAAGUUGAUUAUUCGUCAGCUGAACCGGAUGAUGAAAAUGAAAAUUAUUCACCACCAAAUAAAAGAUCAAAACGUGAAUCAAAACUGAGUGUGUCCGAUAGAUUAAGAUAUGAUGGACAUGAUCACUGGCCCACGUUUCAACCUCAAAAAGUGGUUUACGUUGUAAAAAUGAAGGAUGUAAACAACGAACGAAAUGGAUAUGUUCAAAAUGUAACAGUCACCUAUGUGUACAUCCUGCACAUAAUUGUUUUAAAUCUUAUCACAUUCAAAGUUGAAAAAUAUCUAUUUUAUGGAUUAAAAAGUGUGUCAGAAAUACGUGUGUUAUUGUAA